AUGUCUAUCGCCAAGGUCCUCAAGACAAAACUCACUUCUACGAUCUCGGAUGGUAUCAGGACAGUGGGAGUGGGCUAUGUGGAAAAGACGGACAUAUGGACCCGGAGCUUCAUCGAUAGCGGCGUCCAGAAACAGUUCGCGGCCGCUGCUCAACAGCACAUGGAUUCUUUCCGAACCGAUACCACAGCAGUGGCGCUCCAAGAGACACCACAUAAGAGCAACUCCGAUAAUCGAACACAUUUUACUGCAGUGGAGUUGAAUGCGGCUGGAAAGGUUGUGGGAAAACGCCAUUUUUCUGUUUAA